CCCCCCCAUUCCUGGUCCCGGUUCUGCAGAACUGCUUCCUUAGUUUACAACUACCCCUCCAUCCCUUACUCAAAUUCCAAGCACCACUCACAAAUCAGGUAGGUCAGUCUCUUCUUUCUCUUCGUCUUUCCCUUGGCAGUAUGUUUUAGUUUCAUGCUUGGUGGAGUCACUUGCAACGGUCUCACUGAAUCUCCGUCGUGGAGAGGACCCUCCAGGGUCUGCUGUCGUCUCUCUUAAAACCAUUCCCCUUCAUCCUCUCUCUCUCUCCCACUUCUUUUUGCUUUUUCUUCCUCCGUCUACAUUCUUAGGUCUCUUCUUUGGUCGGCUUUUGUGAGAUUUUCUCAAAGUUCGACGUGACUACUUUGUCAAAGAAACCAUCGCAUCCAACCCCUCAUUUUUCGCUGUGACAUCCUCAUUCCGCAGGUGCUUACUACCAGAAUAGUUUCCAGCUCCGUUGUAGGAAACCUCAAUAAAAAUGUCUAAGCUCUUUAUCGGCGGCCUUGCCUGGCACACCACUGACGAUACCCUCCGUGAGGGAUUCUCGCAAUAUGGAACAAUCGAAGAAGCCAUUGUCGUCAAGGACCAUGACACCCACCGCAGCCGUGGAUUCGGAUUCGUCCGCUUCGCCUCUGAUGCUGAGGCCGACGCUGCCAUGAACGCCAUGAACAACCAGGAAUUCGACGGCCGUGUCAUCCGUGUCGACAAAGCCUCGGAGUCGAGACCGCGCAUGGGUGGUGGUGGUGGUUUCCACGGACGCGGUGGCUACAACCGUGGCUACAACGGCGGCGGCUGGCGUUCCCAGCAGCAGGAGCCUGAGGCUGCAGAGUAAGCUGCGCAAGCUAUUAUAGCAUUGCCGAUGGCUUACUACGGACCGGUCUCUUGUCCUAUUCUUCAUUUCUUUUCACGAUUUUUUCCCUCUUUCUCGCAUGUCAGCUGCUGUUAGUCCCUUCGGACAUAAAGUUUGGGAUAAAACCCCGGGCGCAUGCUACCCAGCUUUUAUGAUGGUGACUUACGACGAAACGACCCCUAUCUCUUGUUUCUUUCCGUUAUUGUUUUCCCCUCUCACGCCAGUUCAUUGCGAUAAUGACAUCUCUCUCGUGGUUUGAUAUGGUUUCGCAUCGCGUGGCUUUAAAUCAAUUGUUUCUGACGUCGUUUACUCGGGUCAUGGUUGACAUGUAUGUAAUCUGGCUUAUGUUAACACCUGAUUUGAGGCCGAUGGGAAAGUGGUCCAGCGAAAGCAAUCAGUGCUCUAUCGUGAAUUUGGAAUUAAUCUAGGUCCAAGUCAUGAUCUAUCCCAAUCUCAUCAUCUCUAUCUCUCUAUAUU